UUUUUAAAUCACUGCAUUCCACAAUGGAUCCUAAAUUUGCUAAAUUUAUGAACGCAAGGCGCUAGAUUGCUAAUUUGCUGUAUGUAUUUCUAUAUAUGAAAAUACAUUUUACAUGAAAGCCUUUCAGCAUUCUACGUACAAAUCAUGUAAAACAAUUUAAACCUUGUCUUCGUCAGUACCUUUCGAUCAUCAACAUCAUUUCUUCUUUUCAUGCACUAAUUUACUUACUGAUACAUGCAUAUAUAGUCGGCAAUCGUAAAUACAGCUGUAGGAUUGUUUAUCAACAUGUCAAAAUUCAGGAGCUAGAUGCAUGUGCAAUAAUUAUCACAAAAAGGGUUGUAAAAAUCCAAACUGCUCUGCUUAUCGAUUUUUACAACGCACGCGUACAGAUAGUUUGCAUCUCCCAGAAGUCAUUAAAAAAGGUCGAAAUGCUAGACGCAAUUUAUUUUUAAACCACUCGCUAUUUCCAAAGUCUUUGCAAGUCUAAUUUGGCAAUAAACAUUGGGGCUAAGUGCGUUUGUAGAAAGUGAAAGUAAAAGAUCAUGUAAACGAUCAAAUAAUUUCUCACACCACGUUGAUUAUAUCUGUGAAAAGUGAUUACGGCUGAGAAUCACAUUGAAGCUUUUCUCUUCUGCCUGAAUCCUACGGAAAGACAUCAAUUCCAACAAGAUGCAUUGAUCUACGAAACAGUUUUUGUCCUGUGUACCUUCACGAAAAUGCGAUAAUAUUCUUGAAUGGACUGUCAGUCACAGGGCCUCGCGUUUGAGAAAUCCAGAAAUGGACGCAGAUGUACACAAAAAUCUCAGCGCAAGUUGAUUCCUAGUUAGAUAAUAUAGUUAGAAAAGAUACCUUAGCACCUUGAUGUGUGCUAACAAAUCUAGUCAAAGGGGCAACAUCACCAUUCAAAUCAUCAGUGUAUUAUUAAAACUACAUAACAGUAGUCAGUGUGUAUAACAUGCGGAGAAAUUUGAAGAUUUUUCUGAUAUUAGCGAUAACAUGGAUACUGGUAGCAGUUUAUUACUUCGAAGGAAGCUACAAAAGUCGAAACCGAGCGUUGCGAUUACGCGACCACCAAACACCUGCCGUGACCCCUCAGUCAUUCGCGGCAGAAUGGCAGCAACACUCGUAUAGUCCGUCAACCUCGCCUAGGCAGAAUGCGGUAUCGAACUCUUUACUGCAUAUGUCCUCGCCCCGGCACACGUGGGACUAUUUCGACGAGAUGGGUUACAUACAGAAAGGUAGCCUACAACAGGGCGAGGAUCCGUAUUUGCGCAACCGCUUCAACCAACAAGCAAGUGAUAGUUUGAAAAGCAAUCGAGAACUUCCCGACACCAGAAAUCCCAUGUGCCGAAAGAAAUGGCCUAGCAGCCUACCCCCGACCAGUGUAAUUAUAACCUUUCAUAACGAAGCACGAAGCACUCUGUUGCGGACGAUUGUCAGUGUCCUGAAUAGAUCUCCAGAGCACCUAAUACACGAGAUUAUUCUAGUAGACGACUACUCCGACUUCCCGGAGGACGGCCAGGAGUUGGCAAAGAUUCAUAAAGUUAAAGUGAUUCGAAAUGAGCAACGUGAAGGUCUGGUGCGGUCUCGUGUUAGGGGUGCAGACGCCGCAACUUCAUCCGUUUUAACGUUUCUCGAUAGUCAUUGUGAGUGCAAUGUAGAUUGGUUAGAACCGCUGUUGAUUAGAGUAAAAGAAGACCCUACUCGUGUUGUAUGUCCUGUGAUUGAUGUUAUUAGUAUGGAUACCUUCCAGUACAUAGGCGCUUCGGCUGAUCUUCGAGGUGGGUUCGACUGGAAUUUGGUUUUCAAAUGGGAAUAUCUGAGCAACACAGAAAGACACGAGCGUCAGAAGGACCCAACGACUCCUAUCAGAACACCAAUGAUCGCUGGUGGCUUAUUUGUGAUAGAUAAAACAUAUUUUGAAAAGUUGGGAAAGUAUGAUACUCAAAUGGAUAUAUGGGGAGGUGAGAAUUUGGAAAUCAGUUUUCGCGUCUGGCAAUGUGGUGGUAGCUUGGAAAUUAUCCCUUGUAGCAGGGUUGGUCAUGUAUUUCGUAAGAGGCAUCCAUACACCUUUCCAGGAGGUGGCAGUGGAAACAUAUUCGCCAAGAAUACAAGACGUGCUGCUGAAGUAUGGAUGGAUGAGUAUAAACAGUAUUACUAUGCUGCAGUUCCCUUGGCGAAAAAUAUUCCAUUCGGAGAUAUUGAGGAACGGUUAGAACUGAAAGAAAGGCUCCAAUGUAAACCCUUCAAAUGGUACUUGGACAACGUGUAUCCACAGCUUACGAUACCGGAACAGCAAACCAAAGGUAGCUUACGACAAGGGCCAUAUUGCAUGGAUACUUUGGGCCAUUUGGUGGAUGGAAUUGUUGGGCUUUAUCAAUGUCACGACAGCGGGGGUAACCAAGAUUGGGCCAUCACGAAAAAAGGACAAAUCAAGCAUCUGGAUCUUUGUCUAACGUUAUUAAAUUUCGCUGUGCGAUCGCGGUUCAACAUGGUAGUGCUAAAGUACUGUGAUGAAUCUGCGAAUCAGCAGUGGCACAAAAGAGAGGGCGGACUGAUUCAACAUAGUAAGAUAAAUGUUUGUCUAGACUCGCGUUAUGUAAAGGAGAAAGGCAUCACUGCAGAGCGAUGCAACUCGGCUCUUGAGUCGCAGCAUUGGAGGUUUUCCACCAAGUGAGACCAGCAGAAAUAGCAACCAAAACACACUAUAAACCGGUACAACUAACUCCUCUUGGAUGUGUUUCUUAUUAUUGUUCAGCUACAGAGAGUUAAGGAAGUAUAGAAUUAAUUAUGAAAGUGAAGAAGCUAGCUAUAAAUACUUAAUGAUCAAUUAAAAUAUAUAGAAAAGUGCUUCAAAGCGCAACGAUAGCAUCGUGAUUGUACAUUCCAAGUAAUGAUUAGUUUUUAUUACCAUCCAUAAUAAAAAUCUUUGAGAGAAUUGUAA